AUGGCGGACGCGCGCGGUCGCGACGGCGACGGCGCGCGUGAGGUGGUGGAAAACACGCGCGCGGCGCACGGGGAGGUGGCGAGCGAGAGCGCGGUGACGGAUGGGGAGAUUUUGGAGGAGGCGUGGGGGUUGGUGAAUGAAAAUUUUUUGCCGGCGCGAAAGUCCGAGUCGGACGGAUUCGAUCGCGCGGCGUGGGAAGCGUUGCGGGCUGAACACGAGGCGAAUCCGCCGAAGAUGAGAGAGGAGGCGUAUGAGAUGAUCCGUUCGAUGCUCGGGACGCUUGGUGAUAAAUUUACGCGCUUCAUCGAGCCGGAGCGAUUCAACUCGAUGUUAAAAUACGACAUCACGGGCGUCGGGUUGAACAUCGCCGAGGACGCGGCGGAUCCAGAGCGUGUGCGCGUGUUAGGAAUGGUGCUCGAUUCGAGCGCCAUGAAGGCGGGCGUGGAGCAAGACGACGAGAUCGUCUCCGUGAACGGCGAACGCGUGCGCGGUUUGAGCGCGUUUCAGGUUUCGUCUCUCAUCCAAGAGGCCGAGGGGAAGACGAUCGAUCUCACGAUCGCGCGCAAGGGGGAGAAUGCGCCGAGAACGCUCUCUCUCGCGCGCGACGGUGGUUUUGAGGCGCCAAAGAGUCCGGUGAGUAUGCGACUCGAAGGCGGACACGUCGGUUACAUUCGUCUGCGCGAGUUCAACUCGCUCGCCGAGCGCGAUAUCGCUCGAGCGAUCGGUGAGCUGAAAAAGCAAGGCGCGGACGCGUACAUAUUAGACUUGCGGGAUAACCCUGGUGGGCUGGUGCAGGCUGGCGUCGAGAUCGCUCGACUGUUCUUACCCUCCGAUUCGACCAUCGCGUACACGGAGGGACGCGUCGUCGCCGGGGGCGUCAAACGCGAUACGGACGUCUCAGCGACAAAGCGAGCGCGAAACGGUUCCGCGGAUGCGGUUCCAACCAAGCUCAAGGCGAUCAAGGCGAACAAAAAUGGUCCCGUGGUGCCCGCCGAUGUUCCGCUCGUAGUUCUCGUGAACAGCCGUAGCGCCUCGGCGAGCGAAAUCUUAACUGGAGCGCUCAAGGAUAACUGCAGGGCCACGGUGGUCGGAAGUCGCACGUACGGCAAGGGUUUGAUUCAAAGCGUCUACGAGCUCAGCGAUCUGAGCGGGAUGGUGCUCACGGUCGGUAAGUACGUCACCCCGUCUCUCGUGGACAUUGACCAGACGGGCAUCACGCCAAACUUUGUCAUGUUCCCGGGAUUCGACGCCGCGGCGAAGGAAAUCGGCGCGUGCAAAGUGCCACCGAAGUAUUGA